GCCUGGGAGUCAGGACUCCUGGGUUCUGUUUCCAAUUCUGGGAGGGGAGUGAGGGUCUGGUGGUUAGAGCAGGGGAUAGGAAGCCAGAACUCCUGGCUUCCUACUCUCCACGCUUGCUCCUGCCUCACCAUGUGACCUUAAGGGACUCUCCCUCCACCUCCCUGUGCCUUAGUUUCCCUGGCCCUGACGUGGCAGGGGUUGCUAUCUGUUGGCAAAGCACCCUGAGCACAUCAGAAGCACGCAGCGGGCUUGCCUGCUCCUACCUAUGUUCAAACACAUUCAUUGAAACUUGGUGAACUCUAAUAAAGGCAGGGGCGGGUGAUUCCACCUCGCUGGUGGCUCCUUGAUGCUGCUUGAGGAAUCGGUUACGUUUCUGCUUCUGAACUCCCUUGUGCCGCUGUGUCCUUUUCCUCAGACUGAGAUCUCGGCUCAGCCGGCCGCUGCCCCUGCCUCCCGUACACACCUGCGCGCUCUGCCCCUGCCAUAGCCCUUGGGUGUGUGGUAGGUGAAACCGUGCGUGUGAUGUGGGGGAAAGGAUUAGGCAUUAACUGCUGUAGCUAAGGGUUUCUUAAUCCACCUCCCAUCAGUGAUGUGCUUUCUAAACUGGAGCCAAUGGGGAACUGGAGUAUGGUGCUCAGCAGUGGGUUGGAGCACCUCCAGAUGGACGGGAGGUGGAUACCUGGGGUCCAGUGGGGAAUCCAGCACAGAAACCAGGAAUACCAGGGGAAUCGGUGGCUGGAGGCUAAUGGUAUUUAGGUGAUUUUGAGCUUUGGGUGCAGUCUUGGGAGCCAGGACUCCUGGGUUCUAUUCUGGACUCUGGGAGGGGAGUAGGGUCUCGUGGUUAGAGCAGAAGGGGCUGGGAGUUAGGACCCCUGGGAUCAUGCUAUGGAAGCAUGAUACAAAUUGAUUAGCCUUUCCUGCCCUGAUGGGGACUUCCUGUCUUGUCUGACAUCUUCCAGGAAGUCAGGCGUCGCCCUGAAUCUUAUACAUCUACAACGGUCUCAGCUCCUUUCGGUCGUCUCCUCCUCUGGGAUGAAAUGGGUCAGAGGGGAAGAUCUAUGGGUCUCUCAGGAUCUGGAUUCUAGCUUGGAGAUUCACAAGUGUGAAUGAAGGGGAAAUUGCUCAGUUCUCAUUGUGGCCAGAAGGGACUGUUUUGUUUUGUGUUUUAUUCAGCACCUAGCACAAUGGGCGCCUUGCCUAUGGCUGGGGCUCCUUGCCACUACUGUAAUACGCCUAAUAUGCCUGGCACAAAUGAGUCCUGGUGUGUGAGUGGGGCUGUAUAGGCUGUUUAGCCCAGGCCAGAGAGUCCCACCCAGGGGCUGGAUGUAGUAACGGCUAUCUGGUAGUCGAGCUAGAGUGGAUUAAAUGCCUUCCAAUCUGGAUUUAAAGUCUCGAGUGAUGGAGAUGAUUCCCCCAACCCCCUGUUCCUGGGUCAGCAGUUUCUACGGUCAAUUCCCUCUCUGUUUAAAAAUGUGCAUCUUGUUUCCUGUCUGAAUUCGUCCAGAUCUACAUCAGCCUUUGUCUGCUGCUUUACAGAGCCCUCCCCUCGCAGAAAUCUGCCGCCUGGGUAGGUACUUCUAGACCAGGAUCAAGAGGCCUCUUGACAUACCUUUGGAUAAUUACACUUGAGCUGCUCUGUGCAGCAUAAAUGGCCCUUAAAGUGGGGGAAGCAGCCUUCUCCCACCCCCACCCCUGCAGGGGUCUUCUCUAGCCUAGGUAGAACAAGCAUUAGGGCCCAGCAUUCUGGCCUAGGGGGUGGCUUGGGGGCAUGGCUGAAGCACACUGCGCUAUGGCCAUUUCUCUGCUCUCCAGGGCCCAGUGAGUAUGGGAGUUGGAGCAGCCUCGAGGUUGCUCUGAAUGUUGCUGGGAGCUGGGCAAGGCCCAGAAUGUGGGGAGAGCAAAGGGGGUUUCAAGCCACCUCUUCCCUCCCUCCCCCCAUCCCUGCCCCAAGUGCAGGAACAGGAGAGAUGUGAAUCCAGCCUGAAGCAUGCUGAAUUCUGCAUGUUCCCCACAGUUGUUUGUACUGCAUAGGGCAUGGGUGCAGCUCUGCCCCAUCAGCCUGGCUCUUUCCUUGCUUCCACGUUUCAUUAGUUCAGGGAGCGACAUCUUUUUGCAGUCAGGCAGGCAGGCUCUCCCCUGGUACCUGAAAUGACAGAGAUUGUUUUCCCAACGCAGCAGCCAGAAUCUCCCCAUCUGUGGAAAAAGCCCAUAGGAGACUGCAGAGAUAGCGAUAGAACUUGGGAAUUCCUGGCUCCCAGCCCUCUGUUUGGUCCACAGACUGGUUGGAAAUUUCCCUUGCAGGUACAAGAACCUGCUUCUUAAUUUUCAGGCAGAUCAGCGCAGCAAGAGCACAGUUAAGAGGGGUGAGGUUAAAAAGAUCCUACCUCUUUAAUGACCAGCUGUAAUAGCAUGAGGAGCCGUUCCAUGACACGAUCCCACAGCCGCUGAAACUAGACACGUUCAGACUAAAAAUAAGGCGUCAAUCUUUAUGACCGGAUUGGCCGGACCCGCUCCCAGGAGGGGCAGUCAUGUGCCCCCUGCCAAUGCCCAGGCUUUGUCCAGAUGCCCAGGCAUCCCCAAGACGCUUGUGGGGAUUGUGAAGAGGGGAGCCGGAGAUGCAGAGGGACAGCGUGGCCCAGAGCUUCAGCCCAGCUCUUCUGAAAUCUCGGAUGCUUUCCAUGUGCCGGGGGGAGCCGGCGCCUGAUGCGGCCAGCUGCAGCGUCUGCACAGCCUCCGUGGAGAAACGGAUCAGGACCGAGCAGGCCUGCCGGCUGCACGAGCGGGUCCUGGACUCCCUGUCCCGCUUCCAGGACUGGCUGCGGGCGGCGGAGCUGUGGGCCGCCUCCCCCGCUUCCUCCCAGGUGCCCUUUGCUGUGGCCAAGGAGGAGCUCAAAAAGUUCGAGGUGCUGCAAAGGCAGAUCCAGGAGAAGUUGCACCAUCUGGAGUCCUUAAACAGGCAGUAUCGGCAGCUGGUUCAGGCAAAUGGCAUCAGUUUGCAGGGCUGGCUCCGGGCCGCGGUCCAGGAGAGCAAUCAGCGCUGGGACAACCUCCAGAAACGAGCUGCUGCCAUCCUCAAGAGACUGAAGUAUUUUGUCAGCCAGCGGGAGGAGUUUGAGUGGGAGCGGGAGACCGUGCAGGUAUGGCUGACGGAGCUGGAUCUGCGGCUCACCGAUGUGGAACAUUUCUCUGGGGGCAGCUCGCUCGAGAAAAUGAUGGAGCUGCAGGAGUUCCAGGAGGCUGUGCUGUCCAACGCGGAGCGGCUCGACUGGCUGCUGGUGUCCGGCGAGCGGCUGAUCCAGAGGAGCGAGCCGCAGGAUGCCGAGAUCCUGGAGGAGGAGCUGCAGGAGCUGAGCUGCUACUGCCAGGAGGUCUUCUGGCGAGUGUUCCGCUUCCGCCGCCGGCUGGUCAGCAUGAGGCUGGUCUUUGAGGAUGAGUGGCUGUCGGACCGAGACACCGAUGUGGGAUCUGACUGCUUCACAGACGUGUCCCUGGAGCCUGAGGGAGAAGCCAGAGGGCCCCCUCCCGCCGCUUGGAUCUACCAGUCCACCCCACGGAAGGCUCUAUGCUGCCGGCGCCGCCAUCCAUUCGGGGAUGCCUGCGGGGGCAGCCUGGACCUGGAAUGGGACCCCUCGGUGGAUGUGGGCGGGUCCACAUCUCAUGACGAAGAGGAUUCAUCGUACUGCAGUGCCAUCACAGGUGUGGGCCAGUGGGAGGAGCCGGGCCGGAGGUGCAGCUGCCAGCUGGGCAUGCCCGCCAGCUGGCCGGCUGGAUGUGGGAGAGGCACCAGCCACGAGGACCUGAAUGCCAUUCCCCUUCGGGGGGAAACGCAGGCGCAACUGGGCUCCCAGGACAGGCCUUGUCUCUCCCUGGUGACCAGAAGGAAAGUGGAAAUUGUCUGGGGCAGUUCUGGGAAUGCCCCUCAGCGGGGCAGCUGGCAUCCCCAGGGCCUGCCACUGGGGGAUGAGGCCUGCUGCCAGAGAGAGACGGUGGGCUUUGACCCCGAGCGGAUUGAGAGCUGGCUGGGCCAGACCUGCGUGGAGCAGGACAAGCCAGAAGCGAUGCAGCCCUGCAAGAGGAGUCAGGCUGGUCCCGGCUUUGAGGAUGUGGCCGUCGUCAUUGAGAAGGGGCCUAUGUUGCAGCCCUUGGCUUUCUCAGAUCAACCUCGAGUGGGCCCCAGGAUCCUGGUCAGAAUAAAGAGGCUGCUGUUCUCUGCAGUUGGGCUGCUCCUGCUCCUCCUCCUCCUGGCCGGCACCUCCCUUCUCUCCCACGUUAAAACGCCCUGCUACACCCGGUCCUUCCAUUUCAUGCUGAAGUACGUCAAUGGGCCACCUCCUACGUAGGCAUGCUGGGAAAAUGCCAACGAGAGCCCAUGGUUUCCCCAGUGCUGGGGGCAGCUCCAAGAGGUAGGGGGCCAUUUCCCACCAUUCAGUGCUGCCCUCGGGUGGAUUUCCCUGGGCAUCUGCCAUACCAGAUACCAACCUCCCAGCAUUCCCAGCUAUGCAAGGAGCCUGCCCAGGAAAGAAGCACUUUUGGAUCCUUCCAGAGACUUCGGAAGAAGCUCAGUACUUUCAGAGACCCCCAGAGCUGACCCACACAAACCCAGAAGCUUACAGCAGAAAGGAACCUCAAGAAAUCAGCUGGUUCCACCACUGCGCCAAUCAAGGACCCCUUGUGGUCGUUGUCCUUGCUCUGCCAGCCCAGCCCCUUGGCAGGUCCACUGCUCCCCAGGGAAUGGGGCUAGUCAGAAAGUUCUCCAUUGCAGCUGUUCUUCAACAGCAAAUCAGGACUCAACCCACCAGAACCUCCUGGGGGAAGUGACUGCUGCUUGUGGAAAAUUCUGACUUUUUGUUCAGAAUCAAAGAACCAACCAAAACUCAGAAUAUCUCAGUUCAGAAAUGCUACCCAGGUGCCUCAUGGGAGUUGUAGUUUGGGUGAUUCUUAGCCCCAUUCUUUUAUUAUAGGCUGGGCUUCCCAGCCAGCCUACAUCUCCCAUGAUGUGCUGCAGCUGUGGAACUCCCAUGAUGCACUGACACCUCUCUCCAAGAGGUGAGGCCAUGGAGCAUGCUGGGAGAUGUAGUCUGGCCAGGGAGCCUAGCCCAUAGACGAGAAUGGGGGCAUGUGAGACCUGAACUACACCUCCCAUAAGACACCUGGACAGCAUCUACUGGGUACUGCCUUAGGCUCCUAGGGAGCUGGAACUGAUGCUGCUGUAGCCUUGAAGAUAGCUCCAGUACCUGGUACCACUGGAACUGUAUGAGAGGAUGGGGGGAAUCCAUAGCAAUGGGUGGUCCCUGGGGCACCCAGGCCCAUCCAAAUCAGCGUCUGUGUGAAUGCCAAGUUUAAGUAAAUGUGUUUUGAAGUGAA